ACUUCUUUCUCUAGUCUUUCCACAUACACACACAGAUGAAACUUCUUUUGCUCUCUCUUUCUCUCCCUCCCUCCCUCUACUUUCAAACUUCACACUUCAUUCCUUUCUCGGUUCAUGCAAGAUCCCAAGACCUCUCACCCAAGACACAGGAAGCCCUGGUAUCAGAGAGCAAUUCAGAUGGCGACCUUGUGGAGAUCAACCAUGUCUAAGCCCACGGAAAUCCCCUUACCGCCCAAUGCCACCCUAUGGAAGACCAUCACGAAGUCCGCGGAAAUCCCGAUCCCGGCCCCGACCUCGCACCGGCAGAAGCUGCGGAAAUGCAACUCCCUGAGGGUCGCCACGUCGUUCACCCGGGUCUGCCUCUGCGCGCCCAUCUCCUCCUACAACGAGGUGUUCAAGGCCGAGGUCCCGCCGAGGCGGAGCAACAGCUACCCGAGAUCGAAGUCGAUCUUCGCCUCGCAGGAGCGGAUGUCGCUGUCGCCGCCGGUCAUGUUCGGCGCGAGGUCCAGCGUCGAGGGGAGGAGGGUGUUCCGGGGCAAGUCGUUGACCGACGACGUGCUGAUGAGGAGGUUCGUGGUGGAAGAGGAGGCGAUGAUGCAAGUCCGGAGGAGGAACCAAAUGGAGGUCAUCCGGCGGAGGAGUAUGAUGAGACGAAGGAAGAUCGGCCCAAGCCGCCUUAGUAGAAUGGUCAUGGCCGGGGCGGAAUGACCAAAUGACAACGUUACCUCUUCUUUCCUAUGAUCAACCAACAAGUAGAUAAGCUUUCUAAGAUAGCUUGAUUGGUGAUUUUCCUCCAUCUUCACAUGUGGGAUUGUUUUCUAAUUUAUCCGUGGUAAAAAUUCAUUUCAUAAGUCACC